UUGCCCGGCUCUCGCGAGAGCUUCCCUCUUUCUCUCCCCUCGCGGCCGCCGAGAAGAUGCCCUCCCGCCUGCGGAAGACGCGGAAGCUGCGCGGACACGUCAGCCACGGCCACGGCCGCAUCGGCAAGCACAGGAAGCAUCCUGGCGGCCGUGGUAAUGCCGGCGGUAUGCACCACCACAGGAUCAACUUCGACAAAUACCAUCCUGGUUACUUUGGAAAAGUAGGCAUGAGGCACUAUCACUUAAAGAAAAACCAAAAGUUCUGCCCUACGGUCAAUUUGGAUAAACUCUGGACACUUGUUAGUGAGCAGACCAGGCUCAACUACGCCAAAAACCAGGCCGGCCUAGCCCCAGUCAUCGAUGUUGUGCGCUCAGGAUACUACAAGGUCCUGGGCAAGGGGAAGCUCCCUAAACAGCCUGUUAUUGUGAAAGCAAAGUUCUUCAGUAGAAGAGCAGAGGAGAAAAUCAAAGAAGUUGGUGGUGCCUGUGUGCUUGUGGCAUAAAGGCCUUCAUGCUCUAAUCAACUUUUUUGAAUAAAGACAAUAUGUAAAAGU